UUUUCAAUAGCUGAAAACUGGUGACCAAUCAACGGUGUGGAUAGCUGUUACUGAAGACAGUCUUGUCCUUCUUGACUUCUUAUCUAUGCAACCAAUCAUUCGAUAUCCUUAUUCCGCUGUUAUGACAUUCGGUGGAUGUAGAGACGACUUCAUGCUCGUUGUUAGCCAAUCAGAAAUUGAGAAUAACAAAGAAGGUGGUACAACGGAACGUCUACUUUUUUCAAUGCCAAAACCAAAGAUCCUGGACAUCACCUUGUUAAUAGCUGACUACAUGAAUGCGAUGGGGCGUGCCCCCACAGUUCCCCCUUCUCCCCAAGCUUCUACUUUAAGCAGGCUAGAAAAAAUCCGGGCUAAAAUCCGCGCUACUACUGCUAGAACUGGAACUGGUAGUACAGUACGAUCCGAGUUAGCCCCAUCUGAUUCACCAGAUCUUGUCAAGAUGACCGCAGAAGCUGACAUUCGACUGCAACGUGCUGAUGGGAAGAAACGUAUCGGAUUAGAAACAACGUGACAACGGAAAUGACGUGGAAAUUUGAGAAUUACGCAGACAGUGCUUCCCGUAACAGAGGCCAAACAUACAUGGACAUAAAGGAUUGGCGCUGGAAGCUUCCUUUCACAGUGGGACGAUUAAGCUCAACAUUACUAGAAUACAGACUUAAUAGAAAUUAACGCUAUAUCAGUGCCAUCUAGGGAGAAAAAUAUAUGGAACCAAUUGAUUUAGAAGAUAAUUAGAUCCAAGAGAAAUAUGCAGAGUGUUUAGGAGGUAAUUUUAGGGUUUUUACUUAACAUCGCUUUGUUUAAUUUCCUUCGUUACUUUUGUGGUAACAAAGCCUAGAAAUAUUUCACUUAACCUCAUUAUCGGGCCUUGUAUCGGUACUUGGCAGUAACUUAAGUUUGUAUAGAAAUUCAAAUUGUGAUUAUGUGCUUGUAUAUCGUGAGACAAGUUUGUAAUUAGACCAUACCAAAAAAUAGUGUAAAUACUGUAUACAAAAAGGCCGGGAGUAAGAUUUCGUGUAAACAAUCAUUGAUAUCCUGUGUUGGUCUUUUAGUCACAAUAAAUGAAAAAAACCAUACCUUAUCGUGUUGAAGGUAGAGCUACGGUCGAUCUCUCGUGCGUGACGAAAUACCAAACUGUUCAAUGAAAUUAUUCUCAUUUCGUUCGAAAUUGUUUAUGUUGGUAACGUAAAUUAACAAGUUUAAGAAAAAUUUUUCAAGUAAGUAAUAAAAUGAGUCAUGACUGUUUAAUCAAUCAAUCAAACAAAUCAAUGUAAAAACUAAAAAAAAAAAAAA